GACAAUGAAUCGUUCUCCCCAGGACACUGGCUCUCACAGCAUUCAUGGAGACAGGAAGCUGUAUGCUGUGGAUUCCAUAAACGACUUACACAAGCUGAACCUGUGUCCCGCCGGAUCUCAGCACGUGUUCCCACUAGAGGAGAAAAUCCCAGCUGUGGGCGCUCACUCGGGAAAUGGAGGCUACAGUCUGUGUUUUAUGGCGCUAAUCGCCGUGCUCAUUGUCAGUCUGGUCCUGGUUUCCUUCGUGAUAUUCCUAAUAGGUAAGUACCCGCUGACAUGGUUCCCACCUGUAUGCACUUGCUUUGUAGCUGGUGGUUUAGCUUUGCUCCUGUAACAAGUCAAUGCUUUCUGGCCGUCGGUGCUUACACUGAGACAAGGCGAACGCGGGUACAGUGUCACCUUGUGGCCCCUGCAUUAGCCACACCACAGUGCCAGAAGUUCACAAACACGUACAGUAAAUAUUUAAUACUGGCAUGUCUCACUUGGGGUCCCUAGCGGUCAAAUGGUAGGCAGCGUAUUCCAGUUGAUACUAGGUUGCCUUAAUCCAGUGCAUCGAUUUUUCCAUUAAUUCAGGUGUAUAACAUAGAGUCACAUUCAGUUUCCAACUCCUUCACAUGGAUUACUCUUCUGACAUUAUGUUAUACCAACAUAAACUGGUGCUCAGAUCCCCUCCUGCCAUCAGGGUGGUCUGCGGGGAAUUCUUGCACGUGGGCUUUACAGGCUGGCAAUGCAGAAUGAGCAGAGCUAUGUCAAACAGGCUGGAAACCCCC